CAAAGCGUGGUCAAUUUUAAACUGCACGUGAAAUUAAAGCCAAGAUGCGUUUUGCACAGAUUAUUGUUGGGCCCGCUGGCAGUGGCAAGUCUACAUAUUGUAGCUUUAUGCAACAACAUGCUAUGGACAGCAAACGAAACAUACAGGUUGUUAAUUUGGAUCCAGCUGCAGAGCAUUUUAAUUACACACCGCUGACAGAUAUACGAGAGCUAAUACACUUGGAUGAUGCAAUGGAGGAUGAGGAGUUGCAUUAUGGACCAAAUGGCGGCUUGAUCUUUUGCCUAGAGUUCCUCAUUGAGAACCAGGAUUGGUUAAAAACGCAGCUUUGCGGUGGCGAAGAUGAGUUAAUGGUGGGUGAACCUGAUGAUGACUACAUACUGUUCGAUAUGCCCGGACAAAUAGAGCUAUUCACACAUCUGAAAAUGGGCAAGCAGUUGGUUCAACUAUUGGAAUCAUGGAACUUUCGUACGUGCGUUGUUUUCUGUCUGGAUUCACAGUUUAUGGUCGAUGGUGCCAAGUUUAUAUCAGGCACAAUGGCGGCAUUAAGUGUAAUGGCAAACAUGGAGCAGCCGCAUGUAAAUGUGUUGACCAAAGUGGAUUUGCUCAGCACGGAGGCGCGCAAGCAGCUGGAACUGUACCUGGAACCAGAUACACACAAUCUGAUGGGUGAGCUGACUAUUGGCACAGCAUUCGGUGAAAAAUAUCGCAAGCUAACUGAAGCCAUUGGUUCGCUCAUUGAGGAUUUUAGCUUGGUAAGAUUCUUUCCACUGGACACAGAAGAUGAGGAAAGUGUUGGAGAUCUUUUGCUACAGAUUGAUAGCAUCUUACAGUACGGUGAAGAUGCUGACGUGCAUGUGCGCGACUUUGAUGAACAAGAGCCAGAGGAAGAUAAUGAGCCAAACAUGUAGUUUAAAAAACCGUUUAUA